GCCCCACUCCCUCUCUCUCUCUCUCUCUCUGUUUGUCUCAGCAUGGAGACCCAGCGGACCCUGUCCUCGUACCGCAGGCGCUUCGGGCUUCAGGGCAGCACCUCGGUCGGGGCUCGUCUGUCCGGCGGCCGCCUCUCGCUGCACGCCAGCCCGCGCCACCUCUCGCUCUCCAGCCCGAUGACCCUCACCGCCUCGCGCCUGUCGCUGGGCAGCGCGCCGGUCAGCGGCGAGCGGCUGGACUUCUCGACGGACUCGCUGCUCAAGGCCCAGUACCGCGAGACGCGCACCAACGAGAAGGUGGAGAUGAUGGGCCUGAACGACCGCUUCGCCAGCUACAUCGAGAAGGUGCGCUUCCUGGAGCAGCAGAACAAGAUGCUGGUGGUGGAGCUCAACCAGCUGCGUGGGAAGGAGCCCAGCCGCCUGGGCGACAUCUACCAGGAGGAGCUGCGCGAGCUCCGUCGCCAGGUGGACGGCCUGGGCGCCGGCAAGGCCCGGCUGGAGAUCGAGAGGGACAACCUGGCCGCCGACGUGGCCACCCUCAAGCAGAGGCUGCAGGAUGAGAGUGCUCUGCGGCAGGAGGCCGAGAACAACCUCAAUACCUUCAGACAGGAUGUGGAUGAGGCAGCGAUGAACAGGGUGCAGCUGGAGAGGAAGAUUGAUGCUCUGCAGGAUGAGAUCAACUUCCUCAAGAAGAUCCAUGAGGAGGAGUUGCGUGAGCUUCAGGAGCAGCAGCAGGCCCAGCAGGUUCAUGUGGAUGUGGACAUGUCCAAACCCGACCUGACGGCUGCGCUGAGGGACAUCAGAGUCCAGUACGAGGCCAUGGCUAACUCCAACAUGCACGAGACCGAGGAGUGGUACCGCUCUAAGUUUGCUGAUCUGACUGAUGCAGCCAAUCGCAACACAGAAGCUCUGAGACAGGCCAAACAGGAGGCCAAUGAGUACCGCCGACAAGUACAGGUGAUGACCUGUGACCUGGAAGCUCUUCGUGGUACUAAUGAAUCUCUGGAAAGGCAGCUGCACGACAUGGAGGAUCGCUUCGCCAUGGAGACCGCUAGUUACCAGGAGAGCAUUGCACGCCUGGAGGACGAUAUCCACAGCCUGAAGGAGGAGAUGGCCAGGCACCUGCAAGAGUACCAGGACCUCCUCAACGUCAAGUUGGCCCUGGACAUUGAGAUCGCCACCUACAGGAAGCUGCUGGAGGGCGAGGAGAGCAGAAUCACUGUUCCUGUGCAGAGCUUCGCCAAUCUCCAAUUCAGAGACACUCCCAUGGACACCAAGUUCUCCCCAGAGGCUCACGUGAAGAGAAGCAUCGUGGUGCGGACCGUGGAGACUCGCGAUGGGGAGAUAAUAAAGGAGUCGACCACUGAGCGGAAGGAACUGCCCUAAGUGGGUGCACACAGGACAACUAGACAUGAAGAGCACACUGGCCCGUUGUUCACAGCAGACAGCUCUGUGGCCUCUUUAGUGUCUCUGGAUUUCAUACUCUCUCUCUCCCCCUAUUUCUCUCUCUCUCUCUCUCUCUCUCUCUCUCUCCCCCUAUUUCUGUCUCUCUCUCUCUCUCUCUCUCUCUCUCUCUCUGUCUCUCUGUUUAUCUCACUGAACUAAAAUCAGACUGAAACCACCAAGCCUGUCUCUAUUAUAAUAAUAACAACUACCCCCACUUCACAGAUCCACCCCAUCUUCCAUCAUACAGAUGCACCUAACAUUAACUAUAGCAUUAAAGUUAAGAACAUGAAGGAAAAAAUGUGCUUUACUUCCUUAGCAAUUUUACCAAAUAUUUUGUGAUACAACCAAGAUAACGUUGGUAGCAUGGCACUGAAUAAGUUAUAAAAAUCGCAAACAGCUCCCUAUUUGGAGGCCUUGUCAUGGCCAGACUGAAUGCUGGGCGUUGUAGUUUUUGUGUAAAACCCAUAGCCGAGUGCCAGUCUUGAAAACGUAGAAAGUGUUCCUAGUCGGAGAGCAGUCAAAGAUAAGUAGUUUAUGUUCGGUCCUUAGCAGGGAUGACGGUUGAGGGUGUGUGGUUCUUGUGUAGGUGUUUUGCAUGGGGAGGUGGGUGGGGAGGAAGAAAGAGAACUACAGGUGCUGCUGUGUAGAUGUAGAGAUGUAGAGAGAAAGAGGUGGAUCUUAGGUGGAGGUAAAUGCAUAUGGUGUGCUUGUUUGUCAGGGCCAUUGAUGGACAUACACAUACUCCCCUUACAUUCCAGAGUUGCCAAAGGGAGUAUUCUAGUGGGUAUCAUCCACCAUGUAAUUCAUUCAUCUAUUAAUCUAACACCAUUUCUGUGGCAUCGCAUGGUUGGGGGUUGUGUUCUCACACCCUCUCUUCCUCUGUCAGUCUCUCACUUUCUGUUUGUUGCUGUCUGAGAACACUCUGUCUGUCUUCCCUCAAGUGCGGUGUGGUGUGUUUAUCUGCAGCUUUACAGCAGCGGGUGCUAGUAUGUAACACAGGGGUGGGGGAGGGAGGUGUCUUGUGAGCUAUUCACACGACCCUGGUUCUGGAGCUCUCCAUCACAAACACACACACACACACACACACUUGCAUAGCUUUGUCCCAUCACUCAAGUGUCUGACUGAUUAGGCAGAAACACAAAGGAGAAUGUUCUUGAGAUAGCUGUGUGUUUGUGUUAUCCGUGUAGAUUUGUGUCAAUGUGUGUGUGCAUGAGUGAGGAUAUGUGUGUAUUUGUGAAUGUAUGUUCAUGCUUGUACAUGUCUGUCUGUGUGUGUAUUUGUGUGCAUGUGUGUGUGUAAUUGAGUACAUGUGUGUAUGUGUGUGUGAUUGUACUUGUUCCAGGAUGGGUGCUGUCUUGAUGACAGUUCUCUCAAGGAGAGAACUGCAUUCCCACAGAUCAGAAA